AUUGUAUGGGGAUGAAUCUGAACUGCAUUUCUGGACUAUUGCUGCCCACUAUUUGCACAGCUUAUCUAAGGAGAAGACUGCAAAACCAACAGACACAGCUAUCCUUCAAGAAGAGUUGGUUAAUCCCUUGGAUAUAUGCUAUGACAUACUAUGUGAAAAUUAUUACUUCCAGAAAUUCCAGCUGGAAAGGGUAAAUCUCCAGGAAGUGAAGAGAUCAACAUAUGAUCAUACCAGGAAAUGUGCUGAUCAACUUCUUCUCUUGGGCCAGACUGACAGAGCAGUACAAUUAUUGUUAGAAACAAGUUCAGAGAACGCACAUUAUUACUGCGAUUCACUCAAAGCUUGUUUGGUCACAACUGUCACCUCAUCAGGUCCAUCUCAAAGUACGAUUAAACUGGUAGCGACCAACAUGAUAGCCAAUGGAAAGCUUGCAGAAGGUGUACAGUUGCUGUGUUUGAUCGAUAAGGCUGCUGAUGCCUGUCGCUACUUGCAAACUUACGGCGAAUGGAAUCGUGCAGCGUGGCUUGCUAAGGUUCGUUUGAACUCAGAGGAGUGUGCUGAUGUGUUAAAGCGUUGGGUAGAUCACCUUUGCUCUCCACAAGUCAAUCAGAAGUCCAAAGCCAUCCUUGUCCUUCUGUCACUUGGAUGCUUUGCAAAAGUUGCAGAGAUGCUGCACAGUAUGAGAUACUUCGAUAGAGCAGCUUUAUUUGUUGAGGCUUGUCUGAACUAUGGGGCACUUGAAGUUAAUGAUGAUACAAAUAUCCUUUUUCUGAAAUCUUGUUUUUGCAUCUGUGUACUCGUAUGCGAUUAUGCCAGAAGCUUGAAGCUCCUGGGCUUUAAACAGGGAGCUAUUCUCUUUGCCUCAAAAGCAGGAGAAACUGGUAAAGAGUUACUGAUUGAGCUCAAACAGCCUAAAGAGGAAGUGACACAAGA